AUGAUUAACGCAUUAUUUGAGGAGCUUGAAGAAGGUGGUUUUACAUAUGAUAUUUCACAUAAUUCGGAGGGACGUAUAUCUCGUUUGUUUAUUGCACACCUUUUGUCGAUUAAACUUGUCAAAGCCUUUUCUGAUAUCUUUGUGAUGGAUUGCACCUACAAAACCAAUAAAUAUAACAUGCCACUCCUUGAUAUCAUUGGUGUUUCAUGUUUCAAUACAUCCUUUUAUUCUGGGUUUGUUUUUUUAGAAAAAGAAGAUGAAGAAAAUUAUUCUUGGGCAUUACGUGCAUUUAAGGAGAUUAUUGGACAAGGUAAUCAACCAUGUGUGAUUAUGUCAGAUAGGGAAUUAGCGUUAAUGAAUGGCAUAAAAAAUAUUUUUCCUACAAUGACAAAUCUUUUAUGUGUUUGGCAUAUUGAAAAGAACGUAUUAGCAAAUUGCAAGAAAUAUUUUGGACGUGCCGAAGAUUUUGAUAUUUUUAUGUCAAGUUGGAAUAAUGUUGUAUACUCGACGACGGAAGAUCUCUUUGAGAAAAAUUGGGAUGAAUUUGAGUCAAUGUAUAUAGAGAAGAAAGAUGCACUUGAGUACAUAAAAAAAUAUGGCUUCCUUGGAAAGAAAAGAGAUUUGAGGGAAGUGAAAGAGAAAAUUUGUCUUGCAGUCAAGCAUGAAUUUAAUGAGAUUAAAGUGAAACUCUCAAGUGAGAAACUUCAAGUUCCUCACUAUUGCAAUAUGCCAUUUUUUAGAGAGCUUCAUUCUCAUAUUUCUCACUUUGCCUUGAAGGAGAUAUAUAGGCAAUAUGAUGUUGCAAAAGAUGGUAUUAUAACUCCGUGCACCGGUCACUUUAUUGCAACUAUGGGUCUUCCAUGUGCUCACAAAAUAAAAUAUUGGCAAGGAACUACUUUUUCGUUGGAUUUAAUCCACCCUCAUUGGAGGAUUGACACGUUAUCAUUAAAUGUACAAAAUGAUUUGCAUGGUGAAGGCAUCAAUCGAUUCGAUGAGUUGCUUAAUGAGUUGCGCUCAACGUAUCAAAGGUGGCCCUUAAAUAAGAAAGAACAUGCUCUUUCAGUGAUUACAAAACUUGUGAACCAAUCUGUCACCGUUUUUGAGCCCAUGAUUUAA